AAAAAGAAAAAGAAAUCGCGGAUUCAACUAAAAUUCUUCUUCUCAUUUUUUAUACUUCCAUUUAAAAGUAUAAAUUAAAUUAAUAAUAAAAGAAAAUAAAUUUUCUACCUCUAUUUUUUGCUAACUUAUAAAAAUCCUAAUUUGUCUAGUAAGUGAAUACAAAACAAACUUUUUUCUCUGUUAAACUUAACCUCAACUCAACGUUCGUAAAGAAACCAUCCACGUCCAGUGCCAGUGCAGUUCCAAAAAGUUACAAAAAAAAAAUUUCUAUUUAUUUUCUUCUUCAUCUCUCUUUCAUCUUUAAUUGGUCAUGAUGAUGAUGAUGAUGAUGGUUCCAAAGUAAAACUCUAGAGAAACCUACAAAAAAAAAAAAGAGAAAAGUCACAAAACAAAAAUUUGCAAAUUAGUGAAAAGUUGUGCAAACCAAAUCACAACCCAGACCAAAAAAACCAACUACCCGCAUUAUAUAAUUUUUUUCUCUUUUUUUAUAUUAUUUUUGUAUUUGUUAAAUUAAAUGUUAGCUAGUUUCUUUCAUUCAUAAAAAGAUUAUCAAAAAAAGUGUGUUUGUUUUACUUGAAUUUGUUUUUGUUGUUUUGUUUUAUUAAAAAUAACAAAAAAAAAACAAAAACCUAACGACAACUCACGAGCGUGUGUGCUUAAAAAUAGAGUUUGUAGUUUGUACUUCUUGCAAAUAGAUUCACAAAACGAUAUCACUGACUGCUGCAGAAACAACCUCCUCCUGCACUGACUUACUCGCUACCAAGUUGUUUAGUUUUUUGAAGAAAUCUAAAUUUGUAAAGAUUCUAUUCAUAAAUUAAGAGCUUCCAACAACAACAACAAAGUCUUGAAGAUUUAAUUAAGUUUAAAAAAAAAGGUAUAUCAUUGUUCAAGUUCAGUUUAAAACUACCUACCCUAAAAAUGAUCAUAUGUGAAUGGGCUACCUAAAUCUUAAUAGCUAUUAAGAUUGGUGAAUUGAGAAAUAAUAAAGAAAAAAAAAAUCAAUUAAUUGAAUUCCAGCACACCCUCUAAACGAGUGAUAUAGAGGUGUAGUAACGCAACACGUAACGCAGACACCCUACUAGACAUUAUUAUCGCUCGUUAAAUUAGUUAAAUUGCAAAAUUACAAUAUCAACGCGACAGCGGACUGCACGCUGCCGCCAGCCUGAUACCUAAAGCGGCGUUACCUCAGCCCGAGAGCUGAGCUGAGUUAAUCACGGAAAAGUGGCCCAAAGCGCUUAAUGUUUAAUGUUUUAUUAUUAUUUAAUUUUUUUUAUAACUAAGCGCGGGCAUCGUUUUGUUUGAUUUUGUUUUUUUUUGUACCUAAAUUAUUUAUCUGUUUUUCGGUGUGAUUAUAUUAUUUUAUUGGAAUUUUCUUCAAAAUCCAUCAUCGAACGUUUGUUCGCAAAAAAGAAAAAAACACAAACAAAUAUAAAAAAAAAAAAAAAAAACACAAACAAAUCUGCAAACAUGAUUGGAAGAUUAUUUCGGGCUCAUGGCGAAUUUUGCGCGUCACAUCCGUGGGAGGUUAUUGUGGCGUUAUUGACAUUGACCGCAUGCAUGUUGACGGUAGAUCGAAGUUCAACAUUGGGUGAUGCUGCUGCAUCAUCAGCAGCAGGCGGUGGUGGUGUUGGUGGGGGACCGACAAUUAAUACUGGCUCUUCAUCGAUGCCAAGCAGAAAUCGACCAUGUCACGGAUGGAGCCAGUCUUGUGAUGGUUUAGAGGCUGAAUAUAAUGCAGCCGAUGUAAUUCUUAUGACCAUAGUGAGAUGUUCAGCGGUGUUAUAUUGUUAUUACCAGUUUUGUAGUUUACAUAAACUUGGAUCCAAAUAUAUUUUAGGCAUUGCUGGACUAUUCACAGUUUUCUCGAGCUUUAUAUUUACAACAACAAUCAUUAAGUUCCUUGGAAGUGAUAUAUCAGAUCUAAAAGAUGCAUUAUUUUUCUUGCUUCUAUUGAUCGAUUUAUCCAACUCAGGCACUCUUGCCCAAUUAGCUUUAUCCGGAUCGAAUCAAGCCGAAGUAACAAAUAAUAUUGCAAGAGGAUUAGAACUCUUGGGACCAGCUAUAUCACUAGAUACAAUUGUAGAAACUCUAGUUAUUGGUGUUGGUACAUUGUCGGGCGUACAGCGUCUGGAAAUUCUAUGCACAUUCGCCGUCCUAUCUGUGCUCGUUAAUUAUAUAGUAUUUAUGACCUUCUAUCCGGCAUGUUUGUCACUAAUAUUGGAUUUGUCACGCAGUGGCAUGGACAUGUCUUUGGUUCGUGCCAAAGCAAAGGAUUCAAUUCUGAUAAAAGCUCUUACCGAAGAAGAACAAAAAAAUAAUCCAGUUGUUCAGAGAGUAAAGAUUAUCAUGACCACUGGUCUCAUGAUUGUUCAUAUCUAUUCGAGAGUUGUAUUCUCAGAGAAUGAUUAUGAUAGUGUGGAGAAUUCAUUGUCACCCAAAUUACAACAAAUGAACAUGAAUACCAAUAGAACUGAAUCGGGAGAGUUUGCAGAGUAUAUUAUUAAAUGGCUCACAAUGAGCGCCGACCAAAUCGUAAUUCUUAUCCUUCUCAUAGCAUUGGUUGUGAAAUUUAUAUUUUUUGAAAAUCGUGAGGACCUUCAUGAUCAAAUCAGACAAUCAGCCAUCGUUGCUGCAUCAGAAUCCAAGCCAUCGCCGACGUUGCCUGGCAAAAGUCAAUUAGCUGUAGAUGUUGUUAAACAGCCAGUUCCAAGAAUUCCCCUCUUCACAAUCGAAGAGGACAAUUCAGUAGAUGUUUGCACUCAAACCGAAGACGAUCACUAUGUUAGACCGUAUGCAAAUCAUAAUGAAUUGCAAGCUUUAACACGUUGCAAUGAACCACCUCGAUCGCUCGAGGAAUGCCUUGAGAUUCUAAAAUCAGAUCCUGACUAUCUUACAGACGAUGAAAUUGUCAGAAUAGUAAAUACAGCUGCACCUCACUGUCCACUCCAUAAGAUCGAAAAUAUCAUUGGUAAACCAGAGCGUGGAGUGCGUAUCCGCAGAAAGAUCAUUGGAACGAGGGCCAAAAUUCCAAUGGAAAAGCUAAAUAUGCUUCCUUAUCAGACUUUCGAUUAUAGCAAAGUUAUGAAUGCUUGUUGUGAGAAUGUUUUAGGUUACAUACCAAUUCCGGUGGGUUAUGCCGGACCAUUGCUUCUCGAUGGAUGUCAAUAUUUUGUUCCUAUGGCCACAACAGAGGGUGCUCUAGUUGCCAGUACGAAUAGGGGAUGUAAAGCUUUAUCGAUACGUGGUGUUACGAGUAUUGUCGAAGAUGUUGGCAUGACUAGAGCACCAUGUGUAAGAUUUUCCAGUGUCGCUAGGGCAGCUGAAGCUAAAACUUGGAUCAUGGAUGAUGUGAAUUAUAAAAAAAUCAAAACCGAAUUUGAUUCGACAAGUCGAUUUGGCAGACUAAAAGAGCUUCUGAUAGCCAUGGAUGGACCACAAUUGUAUAUAAGAUUUGUUGCAUUGACUGGUGAUGCUAUGGGAAUGAAUAUGGUCUCGAAAGGUGCCGAAAUGGCAUUGAAGUGUAUUAGUAAAGAAUUUCCAGAUAUGAAAAUUAUAUCGUUGAGUGGGAAUUUCUGUAGUGAUAAGAAACCAGCGGCGAUAAAUUGGAUUAAGGGCAGAGGGAAACGCGUUGUGACGGAGUGUAUCAUUUCAGCGGCAACGUUACGAUCUGUUUUGAAGACAGAUGCUAAAACUCUAGUCGAAUGUAAUAAAUUGAAGAAUAUGGGCGGCAGUGCAAUGGCUGGCAGUAUAGGAGGAAACAACGCCCAUGCAGCCAAUAUGGUUACAGCAGUCUUCCUAGCUACCGGUCAAGAUCCAGCACAAAAUGUCACCUCCAGUAAUUGUUCCACCGGUAUGGAAUGUUGGGGCGAAACAAACGAAGAUCUAUACAUGACAUGUACAAUGCCAUCUCUAGAAGUUGGCACUGUGGGUGGUGGUACUGGUUUACCUGGGCAAAGUGCAUGUCUGGAAAUGUUGGGUGUACGUGGUGCCAAUAUGGAGCAUCCAGGUGAUAAUGCAAAAAAAUUAGCACAAAUUGUAUGUGCAACUGUGAUGGCUGGUGAAAUAAGUCUGAUGGCAGCUUUAGUUAACAGCGAUCUAGUCAAGAGUCAUAUGAGGCAUAAUAGAUCCUCGAUUGCAGUGAGUGGCAAAAUUACAACAACAAACAAUCCAUUGAAUGUAUCAGUGUCGAGUUGCAGUAAUAUAAGUUAAAAUUGCAACAAAUUUUAUUUUUUUUUAUUAUUGUUUUCUUAAUUUAAGUGUAAUAAUUAUUAUUUAAUUGUUAAUUUAAUUUUAAUUAUGUAUGAAAAAGAAAACUAACAUUUAAUUUAAACGGCCAGAGAACCAUAUAACUCACAACCCACAAACACGCUCUCCCUGUCCUCAUUUUGGAACAACAUUUGAUGACAAAGAGCAUAAAAUAAAACACAGUCAAAACGCCAAAGCCUCUGCUACUUAUAAUCACACCCAGUCAUAGGAAGACAACCAUAAAAAACUAACAAAAGGCCAUUAAACAAAAAAAAAGAUAAAUGAACACAAAGUCAUUCAACUCUGGAAAAAGGAUUCAUGCUCUCGACGGCGGAAGCGGAUACAAAAAACAUCAUCGCAUUGUAAAACCACAUAAGACACAACACACAAUCUAUCCAUUGAGGUGCUUUUUUUAGUAUAACUUUUCUGUAUGCAUGUAAUUAUUGUGUCUUUGCUGUAAUAGUUGAUGUUAUUGUUUAAUGCUGCAAAAACCAGAAGAGAGCAAGUUCCUUCGAAUAACGAAAAAAGCUCCUGGUCAUAUCGCACAGAGGAGAAGAAGAAUAAAAAUAAAAUUUAAAAAAAAUGAAGGAAAAAUCACAAAGUAAAAAAAACAAAAAUUAUGUACUAUAUUUUAAGUUCAUGGAAGAAGAAAAUACAUACACACAGUGAAAAUACAAAUCUUAAGAUAUAUAUAUAUAUUUAUACAUAAUUAUUAAAUUAUAUAGAUUUUUUUAUUUAAUGUUUAUUUUUUUUUUUUGUAAUUGUAAAAAAUGGAGAAAAGAAAAAUUUAUUAUUUUAUUUAUCUUAUAUCUGUACCUUUUUUAUCUGACUUGAUUCAAUGUAAUUAUAUAAAAACAAAAAAAUUAAUGAAGUACAUAAUUUAAGUCACAAACAAAUCUUCCUACUUCCUGGGAACGUAUGCAAUUUCAAUUGAUUAAUUGAUGAAACAAUUUAAAUACAUAAUCGCAUUAGGUGAUAAGUAUA